UGCCGAUCAAAAUAACGUGCAAACCUUGAAACGAGACGGAGUUGUAUUACGACGAAGUGAUUUCGAAAACGGUGCGGUAAACUGACCGGCGUUAAAUCUGUUAUGAGCUGUGCGGUAUCGACGUGUGUCCAAAACGUUUCGCUGCCGUGAAAUUCCUGAGCGCUUUUCCAAUGGUAUCGCACUGUUUGUUGCCGGAUCACAGUGAUUAUUAUUAUUCGGUACCGCUGCUGUCAAUGAGAACGCAGUCACGAACGGAAUGAUCCCUUUGUACACAGAUCCAUUGACAUUUUGUUUUAUGGACGAGAUCCUGUUGCCGAUGUGCAAAAGUUUAACCUUGUUUUCGUGAACGGUAGUUUGUGUAGGUUUAGUUUGAGGAGCUUCAAGAGAUAAUUAACGGGUGGAAAUGCCCAGUUCGUGAAUUUUACGGUCGAGCAUUGCGCCCCGGAAAAGUAAUGCCUGCCCUUUAACGGACUCGAAUCGAAAUUACCCCCACGGAGAUUAUUUGAAAAAAUACGGCAUAACCUAUUCGAUACACUACGACUUUUGCAACAUAAACUGAGACGGUUGUUUUCUCUGCAACUUCAAUAAAUAAUACGUUUCGUUAUUAUAAACUCUUUAAUCUAUUUAAUUCUUUGAAAGAAUUUGAAAAGUGAAGCAAUGGUUUCAAAGCUUAUAGACUUCAAUCUAAGUGAAACUAUUGAAGUAUAUGUUUGAAACAUUAAGAAUGGAUGACAUACAGGAAGUACGGCAGCUGGAGUUGCUCUGCAAGCAGUUAUAUGAAUCACAAGAUUCUACUCACCGUGCAGAAGCAGAGAAAGCACUUAUUGCAUUCCAAAAUGCACCGGACACACUUACAAAGUGUCAGCUGCUACUCGCACGAGGAGAUUCUGCAUAUGCACAGUUAUUGGCAGCCACAACUUUGACAAAACUAGUUUCACGUUCGGGUGGACUUAGUGUGCAACAAAGGCUUGACAUAAGGAAUUAUGUGUUGAACUAUUUAGCAACACAACCAAAAUUACCAAACUUUGUGAUACAAGCUUUGGUUACAUUAUUUGCUAGAAUAUCAAAGCUUGGUUGGGGUGAUAGUGAUAAGGACGAAUUUGUCUUUAGAAAUGUGGUCAGCGAUGUAACAAAAUUUCUUCAGGGUUCAGUGGAACACUGUAUGAUAGGAGUUCAGUUACUUUCUCAAUUGACCUGUGAAAUGAAUCAAGUGACAGAUGUUGAUGCAAACAGAUCCCUUACGAAACAUAGGAAAAUUGCUAGCAGCUUCAGAGACACACAACUGUUUGAAAUAUUUAAGUUAUCAUGUACUUUAUUAAGUACAGCACGAGAGAAUUGUAAAAAUUUAAAUUUUAAUGAUGAGGCACAGCAUGGUUUGAUCAGACAACUUUUGAAAUUAGCACAAAACUGUUUAACAUUUGACUUUGUUGGAACAUCAGCAGACGAAAGCUCUGAAGAUCACAGUGCAAUACAAAUUCCACACUAUUGGAGACCUAUAUUUUUAGAUUCCACAUCGCUAAAGCUUUUCUUUGAUCUAUAUCAUAGUUUACCUAACACAUUGUCAUCUCUAGCCCUCUCAUGUUUGGUCCAAAUAGCAUCUGUCAGAAGAAGUUUAUUUUCUAAUCCUGAAAGGACACAAUUCCUAACACAUUUAGUCAAUGGUGUUACUAAUAUUAUACAAAAUCCACGAGGUCUAAGCGAUCCUGCAAACUAUCACGAAUUUUGUAGACUAAUCUUAAGGUUAAAAAGUAAUUUUCAACUGGGAGAACUGAUUUUACUUGAACAUUAUCCAGAGGACAUACAGUUAAUUGCAAAAUUCACAGUGCAAAGUUUACGAAUGUGGCAAUUUUCGCCGAACAGUUUGCAUUAUCUUUUAACGCUAUGGCAGAAGAUGGUAUCAUCUUUACCAUACAUAAAAACAGGGGAUCGACAUUUAUUAGACAUAUACACACCAGAAGUUGUAAAUGCGUACAUUACUUCAAGAUUUGACUCGGUUGCUGUAGUAGUCAGAGAACGUUUGGAAGACCCACUUGACGAUUUAGGAGUGGUACAUCAACAAUUGGAACAGAUAUCUGUUAUUGGGAGGUGUGAAUAUCAGAAAACUUAUACCCUGUUAGUACAACUCUUUGAUCAAGCAGCACGAGCAUACCAAGAGUUAUUGAGUCAAACGUCGUCUCCGUCUCAGACAAUGGAUAUUACUAUAAGCGAGGGUCAACUUACUUGGCUCGUGUACAUUAUAGGUGGUGUCAUUGGUGGAAAAGUAACGUUUAAUAAUAACGAAGAGUACGAUGCAGUGGACGGUGAAUUGGUCUGUAGAGUACUACAAUUAAUGAACCUGACCGAUUCAAGACUUGCACAAGGUGGCUGUGAAAAAUUGGAGUUAGCAAUGUUGAGCUUCUUCGAACAAUUUCGUAAGAUAUAUGUAGGUGAACAAGUUCAAAAGAAUCCAAAAGUAUACAGAAGACUUUCGGAUGUUUUGGGAGUAAACGAUGAGUCUAUGACACUCGGUAUUCUUAUCAGAAAAAUUAUAACAAAUUUGAAGUAUUGGGGACGUAGUGAACAGAUUAUUUCGAAAACGUUACAGUUACUAAAUGAUUUAUCCGUGGGUUUUAGUUGUGUUCGAAAACUUAUAAAAUUAGAAGAAGUACAAUUUAUGCUCAACAAUCAUACGGGAGAGCAUUUUCCAUUUCUGGGAAAUAAUGUUCCUGUAUCAGAAAUGCGUUGUAGAUCAAUGUUCUACACAUCCUUGGGUAGAUUGUUAAUGGUAGAUUUAGGAGAAGAUGAAGAAAGGUUUCACACUUUUAUGUUGCCUUUAACAGGUGCAUUAGAAAGUUUGGGACAACUGAUGGGUGCUGCAGACCCCUCACAUUUUGCAGCGGAGGAAGCAAAAAAAGCUUUGAUCGGUUUAGCAAGAGAUUUAAGAGGCUUAGCAUAUGCAUUUAAUACAAAAACAUCAUAUAUGAUGCUUUUUGACUGGAUAUAUCCAAACUACACACCGAUUUUGUUACAUGCCAUUGAACUAUGGCAUUACGAGCCACAAGUCACGACACCCAUCCUAAAAUUAUUUGCUGAAUUAGCACAAAAUAGGAGCCAACGAUUACAAUUCGACGCAUCGUCUCCAAAUGGGAUUUUAUUAUUUCGUGAAGCUAGCAAAGUGAUAUGUAGUUACGGUAACCGUAUAUUGAAUGUCGAUGUUCCAAAGGAUCAGAUAUACCCUUUAAAACUGAAGGGAAUAAGUAUAUGCUUCAGUAUGUUAAAAGCAGCUUUGUGCGGGAAUUACGUGAAUUUUGGAGCGUUUAGAUUAUACGGUGACGAGGCAUUGGAUAAUGCACUUAACACAUUUAUCAAAUUACUUCUUAGUAUACCGUUGAGUGAUUUACUGCAUUACCCAAAAUUGUCUGCGACGUACUACCUGUUACUUGAAUACUUGGCACAGGAUCAUAUGGUAUUCCUCUCUACGUUGGAACCCAGGGUGUUUUUGUAUAUUUUAUCAAGUAUCAGCGAAGGCCUUACAGCGCUAGAUACAAUGAUUUCUAAUGGCAGCUGCUCGACUCUUGAUCAUAUUGUGACAUAUUUAUUUAAACAUCUCUAUCCAAAAGGAAACUACGCCAGGAGGAAAAAUGCUGUUGUUCCUGGAGGUGGAGACUUGUUUUUACAAGUCUUAAAACAGCAUCCUGAAAUUCUUCAGCAAAUAUUAAGUACCGUUUUAAAUGUGAUAAUGUUUGAAGAUUGUAGAAAUCAAUGGAGUAUGUCACGUCCUCUUUUGGUAUUGAUUCUUUUAAAUGAGGAGUAUUUUAAUCAGUUACGAGAGAAUAUUAUUAGAAGUCAACCAGUUGAUAAGCAGACAACAAUGGCACAGUGGUUUGAAAAUUUAAUGGAAGGGGUUGAAAGGAAUUUACUUACGAAAAAUAGAGAUAGGUUUACACAAAAUUUGUCGUUACUUAUAAAAGAUAUAAAUGAUACUUUAAAAGGACCUUACUCAUCUGCAAAUGUUACCAAUGAUAGUAUGAUGGCAUUGCAGUGAUACCGCUCUCUUGCUACUAGAUUCUCCUAGGUUCUUGCCUGCCAAAUGCUUGAAUGUGUGUGCGAGUGAAACUAUAAAUUAUGGUGGAUUUAAAAUUAUGGUUUUAGAUGAGUAUAAAGAUAAUAAAUUAAGUACUGUUGUUUUAUAGAAUCAUUAUUGUUUGGCUUCCUAUU